AACCACAAACACCAAACUCCUCUUUCUCAUGGCAUCUGAAACCCCUUCCUCAACUGCAUUGUCAACUACAACCGCCCCAUCGCUGGUGGCAGCACCAUCGUCAAAAACAUUGCCUCCCUCACCACCGGCACCGUCACCGCCAACAGCUUCGCCCUCUGGCUUCAACUACCCAUUUGCUGCUGCGCCCGACAUAAGUAAUACCUCACUCGGCCCAGCAAAUCCAUUCCAUAAACCUGGCAGAGUGCUGACGGGAAAUUCCUAGUCCGAUCCAACCAAAAAGAUGCCUUCUACCAAGGCGUUCUCCUGGAACAGCUCUCAACAAUUCUCCGCAAAGUAUAUGGUAAUCGUUCAUUUCUUUCCCCUGCCCUAAUUCGUCCUCUGCCGAUCGAAUCCGAACAGCGCAACUGAUCCUCACCAACAAAUAGGAGCCCGCAUCCUGCACAAGUACAGUCUCGAAACAAAAACGUUUACCGACCUACUCUACUACUCCCUCACAACGCUCCGUAAUGCCCGUACCCUCGGCGAAGAGUACUGCGACAUCUUGCACGUCGAGUCCUCAACCUCAAAAUUACCCGCUCUACGAUGCCGUCUAGGGUUUAUCCUAACCACCAUUCUGGUCCCCUACUUUAUAACCAAGUCCCUGCCACGCUUCCGCUCGCGGUUACGCCAGAAGCUUCAAUCUUCACUCUCUGCCCAACAGCUGGAUCUAAAACCAUCCACCUACGCCGUUCGUGUGAAAACUUACCUCCUAGAAAACCUUGAUGCCCUGACCUCCAGUGAGAAUCUCCUUGCCGUGCACUUGGGCCUCUUCUACUUCACGGGCGCCUACUACCAUUUAUCAAAGCGUAUCUGGGGCCUCCGUUAUAUCUUCACGAAGCGGCUCCUUCCGCACGAGCAGCGGGUCGGAUACGAGGUACUCGGACUCCUUCUAUUGGCGCAAUUAGUCACGCAGGGCUACUUUCACGUCUCCUCCACAUUUUCACGCUCCUCUGCUGCCACCCCAGAGGAGGGAAGCGUGAACCCACCCACAAAUGGGCCCGCCGGGGGAAUCGCGACGAACCCUGAUACCCAUGCUUCUGACACAGGUCGCGAUGGGCCGAAGUAUGACCUCGAGGACGAGAAGGUUAUGAGAUUUAUGAGUGGGGAUUCGGGCAGGAAAUGCACGCUUUGUCUGGAGAGUAUGAAGGAUCCUACAGCAACGGGCUGCGGGCAUGUGUUUUGUUGGGGCUGCAUUAGUGAGUGGUGUCGUAGCAAGGUAUUUAUACUAAUCCCCUGAUGAGGGCUGGUGGGGUUGUGCUGAUAACUUGAACAGCCCGAGUGUCCCUUGUGCAGACAGUCCGCACUCGUGCAGCAUUUACUCCCGCUGAGGUGCUGAUUUCCUCAUGCGCGGAUUCCUUUCCCCCCUCUUUUCCAUCAGGUAAUUUAUACGGUAGUGGGUUUAAUUGGCGGGAGCCCCGUUCUCUUGUUUUUAUAUAAAAAAAAGACAGGAAAAGUUUUGGAUAUAUCCCUCUUGAGUUUUAUCUGUUUUCUGAUAGUUUUUAUAUAUAUCAUACAUUUCUUUCCUUUUUUUUUUUAGGAGGGGGUGGCGCUGUUGCGGCCCUCUCGUUACCAUGAUCACCGCCAUCUUCCAAUUCGGGUUUGGGGCCUUCUUUUUUUCUGUUUGCGUUGUUACCCUCACAUGAAGAUUAUGGAAUGCAUACUGGAUAUCAGACGCAGCCGGUAAUUUACAUGGUAACUAGCUACGAUGAAGAUAUAAAAACCAACCCAUGGACCGCCCACCCACCCCGUACGCUCCACCAUCCCCCAAAUGCCAACGAGAUCCGGCAAUUCCGUUAAUGGCUGUUGAAAGCACAGAAACGCUUUUUCCGUCCGCCAGAUAUAUAUCACAAACCAACCCGAAAAAGGACCUCCUUCUGCUUCCCCUUCUUCUUCUUCCCACCCCCACUUCCAUUCCCAGCAUCCCCGCCAUACCCCUCCACAUCACUAACCUCUGCAGAUGCAACUCCACUUCCAGACCCAGCACUCCUCCCCCAAGGAUCACC